AUGUCUGGUGCAAAUGCAGCUUACAAAAAAAUUGUAGAUUAUUUGGCUACUGUUGAAAUUCCUGAUUCAACACAAACAAUAAGUGUUAGUGAAAAAGCUGCUGCAUAUGAUCUACUUGGUGCUAGUCUAUUCGAUCGACAUUCUUUAAUUCAAGACGCUAUAGCUGCUUGGUAUCAUGCGAUAAAUUUACGCCAAGAGUUGUCUACUUAUUAUAAUAAUAAUAAUAGUAAUAAUAAUAGUGGUAAUAAUAAAUUUAUUCCACAUCCAGUACCACAAUGCUCUUGUAUGAAUGAAUUAAUGUCAUGUGUUGAAGGGCAACCAACAAUGACAACCACUACCACCACCACUACAACAACUACUACUACUUCAACUACUAAUUCAUCCAAUAAUUGUUGGUCAUUGAUUUCAUUAGCUGCACGUGAAGCAAUUGGAAUGGCUGAAACUAGUCGAUUUGAUGAACAACAUUAUUCGUUAACAUCUAAUUGGCAACGUCAUAAAAGAUCUACAAGAAUUCAUGACAUUUUAUUUAAAAGUUAUAAUUCCACAAAAUUUCAUCAUCAUAAUUCAAUUCAUCAAUCAGCUAUACGACAAAAGUCUACAACGAAAUAUUCACAAGAUUUACAUGAAUUAUUUCAAAGAAAAUAUAAAAAAUUACAAACUGAUUUACAAAAUGCUUAUCAAUGUAAAUUUGAACAUUUAGGUCAUUCAUUGUAUCGUUCGAAUUCAUUAAAAGAUUAUACUGUUGAUGUACAAUCACCACCGUUUUGUUCAGUGUUUCUUCAAGGUUCGCAUAAUUCACGUUUAGGUUUACGUCGUAAUGGUUCUAGUGAGUAUUUUGAUCAGUCUUCUCCUACCAAUUCAAUAUUAUCACAAGGUAUUUGUAGAUCAUCACCAUCACCAACGAAUUCUUUAAAUUUUGGAACAUCCUCAUCCUCCUCUCCACCACCUUUAUCAACAACAGGACAUCAUAGUGGCAGUUGUGCUGGUGGUGUUUUCGUCCAAUCUGUUAUACCUGUCGAUCCUAUUCUAGGCUUUGAACCGAAAUGUUGUAAAAUUGCACGAUAUCGUCGAUGGCUUCUGGAGCCUGUUCAUCAAAAUUAUCAAGUCAGAUCGUCGACAACAUCUGAUCAUAAUAACACUAGUAACAUAUUGCAUAAUAAUACAGAGGAUUUCACUCCAUCCAAAAUCAUAAAUCAAUGUCCUCAUUGUAAACAAAUACUUGUUUCAAUGAAUAAUUUAAGUGAAGAAAGUCUACUUUCAAAUCAAUCCACCUGUCCCAUUUGUAAGACAUCACUAGUAGUAAAUCAUUCUUUGAAUUCUUCAAAUGAAAAUCAAACAGUCCAUUCAACAAAUCAGUAUUCUAAACUAUCUUCUCCUUACGAAUCAAAUAAUAAUGAUGAUAAUAAUCAUAAUUAUUAUAAUAAUGUAAGUGUUGUUAGUUGUGUUCAAUAA